AGCCCCCAGUCUCUCGGAUAGUCACAGUAGCUUUUCCAGCCAACCUCUUACUCCAUUAACAUGUUUUCCUACUGACAUCCCUUCUCAUGUUCCCUCUCCGAGGUGCAGGCAGGGUUACACCUCUUUAGUCCUUUUCUGCCCCUUCAGGGGGUCUCGGAGGAGAGGACAUAGACAAGUGUGGUCAGUCUGCCCUGGAGAAGCCGAGGCUGCUGUGCGGGGCUCUGGGAGGUUCUGAUGGGCACCUCCCCGCGUCGGGUGCUCCCGCGCGGGACGGAGUCCUAGCGUGGCCGCCCUGCGCGGGCGCCUGCAGCGUGCCUCCCGGAAGCGGCCGCUGGAGGAGGGCGCCAAGCGCGCAGGGCGGGCCCGACGUGGGGGCCGGAAACUCGUCUCCUGCAGGGACGCGCGCAGACCAGGCACGCAGACGUCAGCCAGGGGGGCGGGAUGUGCGCGGUAGACGGUGGGGGGGGGGGCUGCCCCAGGUUGCGCGUGUCCGAUAGCCCCUGUCCUUGGCUCACCGCAGCGCUGCUCCCACCCAGGCUGGUGGGCAGGCGGUCUGCAAGAGCUGCCUGGCCGGCUGGACACGGGCCCGUGAGGCGUGGCCCCAAAGCGACACCGGUCAGCUCUGCUCACAUUUCACUGGCCAAGCAGGCGGAGGAGCCACACUGAAUUUCGAAGGUGGGGUGGGGACGGAUGUACCCCCAUAGCAUGGCAGAAGGAUGCUGAUUGCUACGAGGGGGGGGGGGAUGAGCCGGGCGAGGGGCUGCUAGAGCCGGUCAGAGCCCAAGGAGACCGAAGGAUGUGGCGGCCGGAGAGACCCGCAAACCACGCGCGGCGGCAUAAGGUCCUGCCAGGGCUCCGCGGGGCAGGCAGGAAUGGCUGGCUCUGUGGCCUGGCCAUGAGGCCGAGCUUAAGGAGGCAAAGAUUUCCAAAAGUCGAAGUCCAGCAACCCACACAGUACGGUUCUCCAGUGACAGCGCUGGCGCCGGGCACUGGGCGCUGCUGAAAGGGCCGAGGCCCUCUGGGGCCUUCGCUGUGCUGAGCACUUAACUCGCGGGGCUCACCUGGUUGUGUGAGCAGGGGCGGAGUCCAGCGGUCAGCGUCCGGCCCCUGUCAAACCUGGGCAGGGCCAGGGGACCCUGGGUAACAGGUACAGGGUCCCCCGGCGGGCCUGCGGCCCAGACCUGCGCCAGGGGCUCCUGUUCAGGACCCGUGUGCUGCCGGCCGCGUUGGGAGGAGGACCGGAGACCCAGCAAAUGGGACCCGGAGACCACGGGUGCUUGUGCUCAGCGCUGCCGGGACCCCCGGCGCAGGAGUUCGCACCCAGGCUCCGUGACAGCCGCAUGGGGAGGGGCUUGAGCACCAUCCCCGCUGCCGCCCCUCCCCCAUCCUGCACCCCAUGGAUUCCCAGGCGCAGCCUCGCAGGCUGCCUGGAGCUCCAGGGUGGGGUUCGCACCGGGCCGGCACCUCGGAGCCGCGAGUCCUGAGCGCGAGCGGGCCUCGGCCCCUGCGCAGCCGUUUCCUGCCGCCCCAUCCCGAGUCCCGCGUGGCCUCGCGAAGCGCAGCGCCGCAGGCUGAGGUUUAAGGUUCCCCAGAUCCCGCGGCGGCGGUCUGAGGGCCCGCUUUAUUCACGAAGGCAUUGGGGGUGGGGAGGCCCAAGGAGACCCCGUAGUCUCCGCCGCCUGGCCUGCUGGAGCUGUGUCCGUCCCCGAAACGCCAAGAUACCCAGAGGGGACCACGGCCUUGCCUCCCUAGCUGUUGUCCCCGCCGCCCAGCCCAGUCGGUGUCGCGGUCCGAGCCCCGCCCGAGGUGGCCAGCGGGCACACCGCGCAGCGCGCCGCAGCCCGCGCCAGUCCCGCCCUGUCUCCGCCCCCGGCGCUCGGCUUCACCCCAACUCCUUCCCGCCGGCCCCGCCCCGGGUCCGCCCCCGCGCGCUCGCAGCCGCCGGAGCCGGCACGGCCUCCAGGACCCGCGAGCGUGGAUGCUGGGGCGCACGGCGGGCGCUGCCAGCCGCUCCCGCUCCCGGCCCGGCGGGUGGGCCAUGCUCCGCGCUCCGGCUGCGGCACGCGCUCCGGCCCGGCGAUGAGGAGCGGCGCGGAACGCAGGGGCAGCAGCGCCUCGGCGCCCCCGGGCUCGCCGCCCUCCGGCCGUGCACGCCCUGCGGGCCCCGACGCGCCCCCGGCCCUGCAGCCGCCCGCGGCCGGCCAGCCCCGAGCCCGCGACUCGGGCGAUGCCCGCGCGCAGCCGCGCCCCCUGUUUGCGUGGAGCAAGUGGAAGAAGAGGAUGAGCUCCGUGUCAGCAGCCGCAGCGCGGAGGCCGGUUUUUGACGACAAGGAGGACGUGAACUUUGACCACUUCCAGAUCCUGCGAGCCAUCGGGAAGGGCAGCUUCGGCAAGGUGUGCAUCGUGCAGAAGAGGGACACGGAGAAGAUGUACGCCAUGAAGUACAUGAACAAGCAGCAGUGCAUUGAGCGCGACGAGGUCCGCAACGUGUUCCGGGAGCUGGAGAUCCUGCAGGGGGUGGAGCACGUCUUCCUGGUGAACCUCUGGUACUCCUUCCAGGAUGAGGAGGACAUGUUCAUGGUGGUGGACCUGCUGCUGGGCGGGGACCUGCGUUACCACCUGCAGCAAAACGUCCAGUUCUCUGAGGACACGGUGAGGCUGUACAUCUGUGAGCUGGCACUGGCCCUCGACUACCUGCGCAGUCAGCACAUCAUCCACAGAGACGUCAAGCCCGACAACAUCCUGCUGGACGAGCAAGGGCACGCGCACCUGACGGACUUCAACGUUGCCACCAUCAUAAAGGACGGGGAGAGGGCGACCGCGCUGGCUGGGACCAAGCCGUACAUGGCUCCGGAGAUCUUCCAGUCUUUCGUCAACGGUGGGACCGGCUACUCCUUUGAGGUGGACUGGUGGUCGGUGGGCGUGAUGGCCUACGAGCUGCUGCGAGGAUGGAGGCCCUACGACAUCCACUCCAGCAAUGCCGUGGAGUCCCUCGUACAGCUGUUCAGCACCAUGAGCGUCCAGUACAUCCCCUCCUGGUCCAAGGGGAUGGUGGCCCUGCUCCGGAAGCUCCUCACGGUGAACCCCAAGCAUCGCGUCUCCAGCCUCCAGGACAUGCAGGCCGCCCCGUCGCUGGCCGACGUGCUGUGGGACGACCUGAGUACGAAGAAGGUGGAGCCGGGUUUUGUGCCCAACAAAGGCCGCCUUCACUGCGACCCCACCUUUGAGCUGGAGGAGAUGAUCUUGGAGUCAAGGCCCCUGCACAAGAAGAAGAAGCGGCUGGCCAAGAACCGGUCCCGGGAGAGCAGCAGGGACGGCUCCCAGACAGAGAAUGACUAUCUCCAGGACUGCCUCGACGCCAUCCAACAAGAUUUUGUGGUCUUUAACAGAGAAAAGCUGAAGAGGGGCCAGGACCCCACGAGCGAGCCCCAGCCCACACCCGAGGCCAGGGACACGGACGGCGAGGCCUCCGCGGACGGCGAGGAGGUGCACUCUGCCCUGCCCAUGUGCGGCUCCAUCUGCCCCUCCGGGAGCAGCUAGGAGCCUGCCGGCCCCGAGGCGCCGACUCAGCUUGCCCUGGAGACUCAGGUCCGCCAGAGGGACAGGGUGACAGGGUGACGGGUGCACGCCCAGCACUGACAUUCCCACUGAGGCCUGCUCUCCAAGCACAGACCCAGGCUGGUGGCCCUACUGUGUCCUGGCCACACUCUCACUGUUACUGUCCGCCCACCCUGCCUUUGGGCUCUCGGAGGUACAUGGCGAUGAGAAGCUGUUGGUGUGGCCCGCAGGGUGGACGAGGGGGUGCCACCUGAGCCACUCCGGUUACAUGUGGAAGGAGCAAGCAGCCAGCUGCCCUGCCUCUCCGGUGGCCCCUGGCUGGCUCACUGGCAGGUCACGGAGGCCACGUGGUGGGACAGGAGCCUGUCCCUCACCACCUCUCGGCUGUACACGGGAUGUCUCUGCCACCGGCUGCCCGCCGUCCAUAAGCUUGCUGCCCAGAGCUGUGGGGGUGGCCCAGGGCCCGAGGUUCUUGUACAUCACGGGGGGAGGGGCGUG